GAGAGAGCGAGAGAGAAAAGAGGGGGAGCACAUGUGUAUGCUUGUCACUAAGGGGCUGGGAGAAGGACUAAGGGAAGCGAGGUAGCUGGCCACAGCCGCCAUAUGCUGACUGGAUUCCUGUUCAUGUCUGCUGUGUGAAGACUGUAGGUUUCUGUUGUGUGCUGGCCGGCUGGGGAACACACCAUGGGAAGCUCACAUCUCCUCAACAAAGGCAUGCCUCUAGGCAUCAGACCACCCAUCAUGAACGGGCCUAUGCACCCGCGCCCCCUGGUGGCGCUGCUGGACGGGCGCGACUGCACUGUGGAGAUGCCCAUCCUGAAAGACGUAGCAACCGUCGCCUUCUGUGACGCUCAGUCCACACAGGAGAUCCACGAGAAGGUGCUGAAUGAAGCUGUAGGAGCUCUGAUGUAUCACACCAUCACUCUGAUGAGAGAAGACCUGGAGAAGUUUAAAGCUCUGCGCAUCAUCGUCCGCAUCGGCAGCGGCUACGACAACAUUGACAUCAAAUCUGCCGGGGAACUGGGCAUAGCUGUAUGCAAUAUGCCAGCAGCCUCAGUGGAGGAGACGGCGGACUCCACGCUCUGUCACAUCCUCACCUUGUACCGACGCACCACCUGGCUGCACCAGGCUCUCCGGGAGGGCACGCGGGUUCAGAGCGUGGAGCAGAUCCGAGAGGUGGCGUCAGGAGCGGCGAGGAUCAGAGGAGAGACGCUGGGACUUAUAGGGCUCGGUCGAGUGGGCCAGGCCGUCGCACUGCGAGCCAAAGCCUUUGGCUUCAAUGUGAUCUUCUAUGACCCUUAUUUGGCUGACGGUGUAGAGAGAUCCCUGGGACUACAAAGGGUCACCACACUACAGGACCUGCUCUUCCACUCCGACUGCGUCUCUCUGCACUGCAGCCUCAACGAACACAACCACCACCUGAUCAACGACUUCACCAUCAAACAGAUGCGCCAGGGGGCGUUCCUGGUGAACACGGCCAGGGGGGGUCUGGUGGACGAGAAGGCCCUGGCUCAGGCCCUGAAGGAGGGGAGGAUACGUGGAGCUGCUCUGGAUGUUCACGAGACAGAGCCUUUCAGUUUCAGUCAGGGCCCGCUGAAGGACGCUCCCAACCUGAUCUGCACCCCACACGCUGCCUGGUACAGCGAACAGGCAUCGCUGGAGAUGAGGGAGGAGGCAGCCAGGGAGAUCCGAAGGGCUAUCACAGGUCGUAUCCCGGACAGUCUGAAGAACUGCGUGAACAAGGAGUUCCUCACCCAGAACAACCACUGGGCAGGAGUUGACCCGGCCACCGUCCACCCCGAGCUCAACGGGGCUUAUAGGUAUCCCCCAGGAGUGGUGAGCUUGCCAGCCGGCGGCCUGCCGCCACCCGUUGAAGGCAUUGUGCCCAGCGCCGUGCCCAUCGCACACACCCUCCCGCCCGCCGUCACACACCCUCCUCAUGCCCCGUCCCCCGGACAAAAUACAGUCAAGCCACCAGAGGGCGACAGAGAGCAGCAUCCGAACGACCAACUGUAGCCACACACACAAGCACACUACCACACACAUACACGCUUGCCUGUGUUGUCUGGUGACCUGAGGAGGUUGGCAUGGCAACCGGGAUCAUAGCGAUCAGUUCCCUAGUGACAAGUUGUUAUCAGACAGGUUCACAGAGUGUCAGAUCGACAGGUUGAGGUCCCAAUAACAAUCGAUUCACAACUCUCUGGCAAUUGGUUCGCAGCAGCCAGCUCACACUCCAAAGAGGAGGAAGAGGAUGAUGCCCGUAAAGAGGAUGAUGAUGAGGAGUGGAUAGCUGUCAGAUGCUCUAAUCGAAGAGCAAGACAAUUGUCCUCUGCUCCAACCGGAAGUCCCAAGAAAAGAUGUAUGUAUAGAUCCACAGGUUUAUCUUCACAUAACUACAGUUUAGUCGACUUUUAAACAGUUUUCUCCGCCAGAAGUUAAAAAAAAAACAACAACUAUCUGUUGAUUUGGGGAGAAAAAAUACUGAAUCAAAUCUGCUGUCUUAGACUGUCGUGUGUCCAACGUUAGAGGGGCCCGUUUCAUGUCUUUCUCUCUUUUUCUGUGUCCUUUCCUUAGUUUGAUGUACAAGCAAAAGUAGUAGGUUAUGAAAUGAAUGUAACCUGUCUGUGUACAGUUUUUAGACUUGCGGCAAAAAGACACUGAUAUUUGUAUUCCAGUCUUAAGAAAAACAAGGGUUAUGUGAUCUCUCUAUGUAGCCAAACUGGUUUGAGAAUACAGUAUCUGUUUUUUGUUCUUUUUUUUUUUGUGUCCCCAAAAUUAACAAGCCCCAUAAAAAAGAGGCAGCUUUUUGCACACCAUCUCAGGAAAUCAAGUUUCCGCAGUUGGUAUAUUGUUUUUUAAGAUUUUUGGUUUCAAAAAUUCCUUUUUAAUGCCACUUAGUGCUUUUGUUUUUCUACCUGCUUGCCUUUUUGUGUCCCGCUACAUUAGAGGAAGAACUUUAACAAGAGCUAAAGUUGAUCUAAUGUUCGCUUUUGUUUGUUGUGUUUAGGGGGCAUGUGAUUUUGCUCUUGGGACUUGUGUAAAUGUUUGACCCAGACUGAGGGGGUUGUGGGAGAAAAGGCUGUAGGGAGGUGGCAUAAUGGUAUGCUUGGCUGGGACGAGUUUUAUCCCUCGUGGCUCAUUUGAAUUUACGAAAUAAUGUGGGUGGGUUAAUUAUUUUGGCGGACAAAGCAGGUUAUGGACGACGCAAUGCACUGAGAGUUUGUAGCAGCUUACGGUUCGAGAAACCGUCUCAUGAAAGGUUAUUAUCUUUGUCUUCUUCAUGUCUAAUGAUCCAGUACUUCCACUUUUACACAUACUAACUGUCCAGGUCAUGGAGUAACAGUUCAGAGCACCAAGGUUUACAAAUUAUGCGCAACAUUGGUGAAUCAGUGUGUUGCUUCAUGCUGCUGUAUCAGCGUUUGCCCUUCUAACGACGGAUCUGUCAAAUCUUGUGAAAAACUGCAUCAACAAGCUUAAUAUAUCAGUUAUUUAACUAAUCUGCAUUCUGCCAAAGCUACUUUGAAUUCCUGUUUGAAGUUAAACUCGCUUAUACAGAUGUGACAUCCAGCUAAGGACAGCUAACGGUUACUGACUACAAGGAAUAGUCGUGUUCUUGAAGAUCGUUCAAACUUAAAAAAACUACGAGGCUCGUAUACUUUGUAAAAGAGGAACGAUCUGCUUGUGGGAGCAGCAGCGAGAGAGACCGCAUAUGCACAAUAAAGACGUUUCAUGAUAGCAUGUCAGAACGUACUGAUUUCUCCAGUGUAGUAUCCCUUUAACAUUUCAUGAUGGGUCCUUCCUGAGUAUACCGUUUCGCCACCCUCUGUGGCCUCUGUGUCUAUGUGUACAUAUGGUGUUCUGCCUGCCUGUGUCAAUGUGACUUGGUUGUAUCUGUGUCUAAAAAAGCAGCACUGGGAGGAGGGGUGGUGGCUCAUACUCUCCACAAGGCAUCAUUGCUAAGACUGCCAUCUAAAUACACAACUAAACACUAUGUCAAAAAUGCUUAGAACUUCAAAUCUAAGCCAGCAAACUGAGACAAUAAUCUACUUUCACUGGUGACAUUCCCACAAUGUAAACAAGAUGCCGAUAUCGCCACAUCCGUCGUGAAAUAUCUGCAACUCUUUUUCUAUCUGGAGUAUUUAUUACUGAUUCCAGUUCACGUGUUGUUGAUGUUAGCCGGACAGCUAAGUGACGGUGCUUUUUGGAUCCCCUUCUACCAGCAGCUGAGUAGUUGAAAACAGUUCACUGUUGCCUACCUGGUCUUCUUCAUGGUGAGGUAGUAAGAGUAGCAAUCAGGGAUGGAAAUUUCACUAGCCAUGAGUGAGUAUAUUACAGCCCGGGCUAGUGCCGAGCUCUCACUGGCCAGAAUCUGGAGAGGGGCGUCUAGCACAGAAGGUACUGAGGUGACAUUUAAAUAUCACCUUCAGACUAGAGCCCCAAAAUCCUGACAGGAAUGCUGGAAUAUUCAGACUUUUACUCGUAGUCUUUCCUCACCAGAUGCCUGCCGAUAUGUGGAGGAGAAACUCUUUGCUAAUACUUCUUAAUAUAAACUGUAAGCAUUCCUCAUUCAAACCGAUGGGUGCCACAAGUAAAGACAACAGACUCGCUUUUCAAGUGUCGAGGUGCUCCUUGAAAUUCCAUCCCUGGUAGUAACACACAGUCCACUGUUGCCUACCUUGGUCCCCUUUAUGGUAAAGUAGUAGGCGUAGCAAUAUACAGUAUACAUAUUCUAUAUUCUACAGUAAAUAUCAUUAUUUUUGGUCAAAACUGACAACCUGACAAAGAUAUGUUUGUGACUGUAUGCAUUUGUAUGAAUUAUUUUAAAAGGAAAUAAACUGUGGAA